UCCAUACGCGGUGGAGCUUUCUAACAACAUAACUAGAAGUUGCUAGAUUCUGAUGACUUCAAGUUAACAACUAUGCAUUAUAUUCUGCUUUUAGUGUUGGUGGCAUCGUCUUGCUUUGCACAAGAGGAUCAGUGUGAUCCAAAUGAUGGAGACUGUUUUAGAGAGCCGUUUGCUGGUGUCAUGACCGCCGAGGAUGACCAUUGUCCGGUUGAAAAAAUGCAAGCAACAUUAGACAAGGACCCAGAGAUAAAGGCUGAAGUCGAGGCUGCGAAAUUAGCGAUUUCUCAUUUGACAAAACCUCCUGUUUCUCCAGUUGAACUUGGAAUUCCAUUGUGUUACAAGAAAUAUUCAAUACUGAAAGUGCCACAGAAAAUAUGGAUAAAGAAGGGGUAUUGUUAUUUCCAUUGGUAUUAUGUGAAAAGCCAAAUACCAUAUGUAAACUGUGGACAGUAA